UACAUCGGCGAAGAAGCAGACGACACAUGCUGUUUACAUUAACCUGGCGUAACUCGCGCGCGAAACUCUGUCACUACGUUAAUAUUACAAACCACGCGACACCUCGACGACACAAGACCACGCUCUCUAGCUAUGAAGUUCCUGUUCACACUGGAUUACACAAAAACUGUUUUCUUCAUUUUUCUCACUCUGUGCAUCGUCGAUGGAAGAGGAAGAAGAAGAGCAAAGCGGGGAAAUGGGAAGUGUAAUGAAUAUUCGUUUGCCGAGUACAAUUUGACCUUUUUUGGAGACUGGUCAAAAGAGAACUUUCCUCGGAUGUAUCCACGCUACAGACCCAAAGCCCAGUGGUCUCAAUUAAUAGGUCGGACACAUGGACGGACGUACCACAUGUGGUCCGAGGGUCAGUACGCGUCUCCCGCUCUCCAGAAGUUCGUCGAAGAAAGGAAUACAAUGCUGUUCGACAGAGAGGCUCAAGGCUACAACGACACUCGGGAUCUGUUUACGGCAGCACCGAUCAGAGGCGGAGUUGGACGGUCCUCUCUCAGGAUAUUCGCUGACGGACAACAUUCCAAGCUUUCAUUCGUUGUCAAGGUGAUUCCGAGUCCUGAUUGGUUCGUUGGCGUAGACAGCCUUGACCUCUGUAAGAACGGACACUGGCGACGAAAGAUCUACGCCCACCUUCGACCAAUGGAUGCUGGGACAGACAGAGGUUUUACGUACACUUCGCCAAACUGGCCAGCAUUUCCACAAGAGAAAAUAUUUCAGAUCACUCCUAACUUCCCAAAUCACCCAGCCAGUUCCUUUUACGACGAGAGUCAAGCACGAGUCCCCAGAAUGGCGCAUGCUAUCGUUGAAAAGGUGGUAGAAUACCGCAAGAAAGGAAGCCCACGCAUGCCGCUCGACUCGGGUCCCAGUGCUAUUGUUUACGAACAAGAACACGAACGUCAGGAGCGAUUUCGGCUGGUGAUGAGACCGACGGACGCCGUGACAGCUAGUCCAGAAAAACCCAGCCUCGCAGAUUCGGAUUAUUUGACGAGACUUAACGCCGAACUGCAGCGCAAACUGCAAAAGCCAGCAAUCUCACGACAACGCACGCUUUUUGACCUGGAGUUACUUAAAGGGCCAAAGCCAACAUCUACUCUAAGGAGACAACUUGUCAUUAGAAACACAUUGCUGGAUUCACCAGCAAGUGAAACUAUACGUCCGACAAUGCAGUCUAGAGAUUCAGUUCUUGAAAAACACGUUGAGAGAUCUAAAACUAUCAGGCAACAACUAGCAUAUGCAAACCCCCCACAUGUAGCGGAUCAAAAACCAACACCAGUACUCGCUGAAAGAAAUUCAGAAUCACCAGAAGAACAAACAGAAAUAUCAGAACAUUCUGAGAAGACAGAUAAAUAUAUGGACACUGACUAUCAGGACAUGCGAAUAAUAACACCGAAACUGGUGCUUCAAAAGCAUCUAGUAAUGUCAGCAAGAAGAGGAACUGUGAAAGACGACGAUCUGUACGACAUAUCGCAAACAGAGGGCCAUUCCCACGCAGCUUUACAGACCGUGCCUGAUCCAACAGAAAACACCAACACAACAGACACUGACUACAGUCAAACAGACUCUGAUGUUACAAGAUCUCAUCCAUCCGAGAUUGCACCGACACGUUCUAGUACUGAGGUAGAUACAGAACGGCGACCAAUUUACGGCGAAGCUUAUCGGACUGACUAUAUGAGAGACUUUUCCGCAAGAGAAAACGCCGGCUCCAUAUUUGGGAUCUUAAGUGACACACCAACGAAAAGCAAUGUUAGAGACACGGACACUACAUACAGAGAGACAACAGACACAGAAGUAAGAGAAACGGAAGCACGAGACAAGGAGACAACAAACACGAGGACGACAGAUUCAGAUACAACAGACACGGGUACGACAGACAUCCAAGAAGCUGAACCGACAGAGGAUGUCCAGACUGAGACUCAGAUAUACAUUGAAGAAGCUGCUCGUCACCGAGAGGAAAGAGUCGUUCCUGUGAAAACCACUAACAAAGAGGUCGUCCAGAACGAGACAGAAAGUCAUCACCAAUACCAUGACAACCAUGAUGACCAUGAGGCUGGCAGCACAGUAAAAAGCGAACCGCCAUCAUACCAUGGGACAAGAUUCCAAAACACGGGAUAUGAAGACAACGUAGGCGACCUUGACUGCAUCGUCGGCGAGUGGUCGGACUGGAGUUCGUGCAGCAAGACGUGUGGGUUUGGCGUCAAGCGGCGCUCCAGAACGGUGACGCAAUACGAACAGAACCGCGGACUUCCGUGUCCGCGGCUCGACCAGGAGGCGCUGUGUGGGAGCAUGCGCAACUGCAAGUGGAACUACUUCAGCAACAUCUUCUCUACAAACCCCAAACGAAGACGACGUCGACGACGAUGGCACACUCGACAUGGCUGAAUAUCUGUUCUGUUCCAAAACUGAUUCGCUGUGCCAAAAUAUGACGUCAUGCCAUUGAAAUGUCACGUGAUCCAUCUUCGUUGGAAACAUUGGUGGUUCGAUAUUACGUAGUGGAACUGAAUUGUUCUCACUAACGUAAUGGGUAUUGACAAUCUGUCGCCAACAUCUUUAAGCCAAAAUAUAUGUUGCAAAAAUUAAUAUGUACUCGAGUAGGCGGUGUUCAUUUUAAUAAGAUACUGAUAAGUGAAAUAGCUGUUAUAUACACCAAGGAAACAAGGUUUAUGAGAUGAUGAUCAGUUAUCAGAAUAUCCAGGAACUAUUGUUUAUAGACGAAUCAUUUAUCAUCAGUGAAAACUCUACAAUAUGUAGUAAGACUAUUUAAAACCAUGUGUUCUUCUCGGUUUAUUACGUAUAAUGUAUUAAUAUUACACAAGUCGGCGAGUAUGUCAAAUUACUCAUAUUGUGUUAUAGUUUUUUUGUGUAUGUUAAGAAGCUGCACAUUGACAAGGGAGAGAAAAAAAAUGUUUUUGUGCUGCAUAAAGCCUUGGUUUCCAUGUAUAUAUAUGUAGGAACGUGUGUGCAUAGAUAGCAGAUGAAUAUAUAAUCCUCGCAACAUAAUACUUGUAAACCAUCACUUAGGAUGUGAAUAUCCAGUGAAGGUCAUAUUCGCCUCAAGUUAGUUUAUACAUGUUUACAUAUUAACAAUUUCCAUACCUUUUUGUUAUGCGUACAGUUAAGCACGAGUUAACUCCUGCGCAUGAAUAUGCGUUGGCACUACGUACUACUUCUAAUUCGGCCAUUUUGAAAAUGCGUGUACCUCUUUUGUAUCACUAUGCUUAUUAUAACUGUACUUUUUAUCUUUAAUUCUACGAAAUUGUUUUAUUUCAGGAUGACAUAACAGUAAAUGCAUUUUGUAAUAUAAAAAAAUACCUUUCCUCUUAGAUUUAUUGAUGAUAGCAUUCCAGGGCAACAUGGCCAGAUACACGAACAAUAGUGUCAUGACGGCACGGAUCCAAUGUUCUGAUUGAUUCCGAGCCGUACUAAGCGGUGGUACAAGAGGGACAACUCAUCCACACACACACACACCCCACCCCACCCCACCCCCCCGAAAAAAAGGAAAACCGAAGUAGUGCCCUUUUCAGAUUUUAAAAAAAAGAGUGACGUGUUGGUAUACCUGGAUAAAAUCCGCUAUUAUAUAUCGUACCUCGGUUCUGUUUGUACUGUCACUGUCUUUGUGUAUAUAGAAGAAAAUAUGCAUCAUGGAUUGCUGUUACGGUUACUGUUUAUAUAUGUUUGUUUGUUUGUUUGUUUUGGGGUUGUUUUUUUUAUUGAAGCGCUUUAAAUUUUCAUGAAAAUAAAAUACAUAUAAUAUGUGUGGACUUUGAACUUUUAUAGCUUUUAUCCAGUUAUUAUAUUAUUUCUGUGUGUAAAGUAUUCAGAACUUUUAACACUGAUAAAUCAAAAUAAGGACAUGCGAUAAUACAUCAUAUUUUGAUCUUUUACCAAUGUAAUAUUUAGGUUUCCCUUCACUUUCAAACGUGUCAUGUAAUAUGACAGGUAAUUUUUGUUUUGUUUUGUUGUAUGAUUAUUAAAAUAUUUAAUAACUGUUAAUAUGUACUUUGUUCUAUUAACUAUUGGAUUGCAAAUAUAUUCAUAUUUUUAUUAUAGAGAUUAUGUUUUAAACACAGUGAAACAACAACAAAAAUCCCUCAAAAAUAAUUCAAUAAAUUGGAUGAUUUUAAUUUUCUUGUAGCCAAGAUUAGUUUGCUCCGAAUGUUCACCAGUUUUUGAAAACAUUAUGCACUAUGAUAAUAUUAUUAAUUUGAUAUACAUGUAGAAUUAGUUUUAGAUGUAGUUUAGCACAAAACUAGAAUAAAAGUGAAAGGGCAUAUCUCGUUUACUGAUAAAAAUGUCAAAGGUUUUGAUCUGUGCUCUGUGUUUAUCCUGUUUGGUUUAUAUAAUGUGGUUAAACUUUGUUGAAAUGUUUGUACGUAAUAUUACUUUGAAGUUCUGCAUACUCGUCCUUGAUUCGUGAUUGCCGAAAUGUUGUGGGGCUUAUAGAGGUUGAUGACGGGAAAUCCACCUUCCUAUUCAGGUGGAAAAACAUAAUCAUCGGGCUACUGGUUUUGCAUUUGUCACUAGCCCUGUGUUAAACAGCACUAGCCCCGGGCGUCGGGCUAGCGGAUUUGUCGAACUCUGUCAAAAUAUUCAGGACAUGAUCUUAUGUUCUGAUCCCCCCCCCCCCAGAUUUUCAGUUCUCAGAGAAGCCUAUAAACUUGUUCUGAUUUUGUUUUUUUCAAAUGGAUAUUCGUCCUAUCAGUUCCCUUCAGUACUUAGGACCCCGCCCCCUUCCCCAAACAAACACGUACACGAAACACACUGGUACGAUGUAGUGUGAAAAUAUGCUUGUAAAAAUGCUUUGUAAACCUGAUCACACCUAGGAGCGAAAACGUAAACACCACGUGAACUUUUAUAGCAAGAUUCCGUACAUUUUCCAUAGUUGUACAUAGUUUGGGAACUGUGUACGUUCAACUACAUGUAUAAAAGCAUUUCUUGUAAACUAUAGACAUACUGUUGAUUAUGAUAUGUUGGAAGAUUAAAGACAUUGGCUAAACAAUCGUAAUUACGAAAUUACAAGAUUAAUUAAUGUAAUUAUCACAGACACGGUGUAGUGGUUAAGCUAUGUUACUUAAAGGUAGUGGGUUCGCAACACUGUGUAGUGGUUAAGCUAUGUUACUUAAAGCUGGUGGGUAGUGGGUUCGCAACUCAGACACGGUGUAGUGGUUAAGCUAUGUUACUUAAAGCUGCUGGGUAGUGGGCUCGCAACUCAGUAAUGGCUCCCACUCAGCUGGUUGUGGAUGUUUAGGACCACUACGUCCACUGUCAUUCACACACAACUAAACAUUAACCUAAUAUUCCAGACAGGUAGCCCAGAUAGCUGAGGUGUAUGCCAAGGACAGCGUGCUUGAAUGUGAUUGAAUAUGAAUACGAGAAUCAAGUUGAAAUGAAAUGAAAUAUAAGAGUUCACCAUGUACCAAAGCCUUUUAAUAAUUUAACACGAGGACAGUUCUCUAUGUGAUGAUAUCUCCGCCACUGACUUUGUUUUGUAAGUAAUACUAUUUCUAGUAUGUAGACCACUUUCACAGUUUCUUAUUUUUGUACCACUGUUUGUAAUAUUUUCAUACUGUUUGUACAUUUUCUUAAAAUAAAACUGAUUGAUAUU